CUUGUAUAGUAUCUUCAUUAGAUGAAGCCUUGACUCUAUUUAACCGAAUAUGGAAAACUCGUCAGAGUAAUAUUGAAAUAUGUAGCGUCCUUGUUAACUUGCUUUGUGGGGUUCUUCCGCUAGUCACGUCACUCUCACGCAACCAGCAAAGUCAAAUAGCAUCACUCAUUGAUCAUCCCUCCAGUGAUGUCAAGGCACUAGUGUUAAAGUGUUGGGUGAAAGUGGCCAAGAAAUUUUCAUCAGAGUUUGUUACUCAAUGUCUUAAAGAAACUGUUGAGGUUGUAUAUUCUCCUAGUCAUACCCUCCGGAUGGAGUGCUUGAAUCUGAUUGGUCGCUUAAGCCACAGGGCCCCCAGUCAUGAAGCUCUGUUGCUCUUGAUUACUGAGUUUUGUAAUGACAUUGACCCAAGAGUCCGUAGAGAAGCAAUGAAAGCACUAUUACAGAUGAUGGAAGAGGGUGUGUCCAUUGGUGUGUCUAUAUACAAUAAGGCGUGUGAGUUAUUGAAUGAUGAUGAUGAAUCUGUUCGCUACAUUUCUAUCAAGCUAGUUCACUCAUUAGGACUCUCUUUGAAGGAAAGUACCAUCCCUCAUUCAAAGGACCCCAGUGUUACUCUAUCAUUAGAGGAUGAUGCAUUCAUAAAGACGUGUGGUAUGGUAACUGAUGGAUCCCUUCAGGUACGCUGUCUCUCUGCUUCUCUCCUUGGGCAGUUCACUAGCGUCAGUGAAAGGUUUCUACUCCAGACUCUGGACAAGAAGCUAAUGUCUCACCUUCGUUAUGUGAAGAGUGAUCAUGAUAGAGCCCGUGAGCUCCACACUCAAGGGUCAUGGGACACUGGUCAACGGUGGGGAGGGGGCCCUACUAAAAUGAACCUGGACCCAUCUGAGGUUACUCUAAUGAGUUCUGGUUCAUGUGGUGCUUUUGUUCAUUGUACUGAGGAUGAGUUCAUGGAGGUCAGAUCUGCUGCUAUACAGUCAAUGGGUCAGCUGAGUGGGAGGAGCUCUGAGUUUGGCCACGCCUCUCUUGACUUCCUUAUAGACAUGAUCAAUGAUGAGAUACAGUCUGUGAGACUACUGGCUCUUAAGACACUCAGAAAAGUGAGUGAGUCCAUUAACCUAAGAGAAGAUCAACUGGAGACAAUACUAGGAGUACUACAAGAGUCUUCAUUAGUGAGUGGGCGUACACUACAUAAAGAAGAGGUUAUUCAUAAAGCAGUGAAUGAUGAUCAGUUAGUGUCUUCUGAGUCAUUCCUCAAGCGACUCCUCUCUCGUGCUCUCACUUACACUCAGAGCACCUCUACUGAUAAUCUCAGGGACUGCUCUUUCGACCUUGAGAAACUAGCAGGGGUGGAGCCCUCGUUAAAGGGGUGUGGCUUGUUCUCAGCUCGUCUGUUACACUGUCAGUUACUUCUUAAUAAAGUUCGUCAGACCAUGUCACACUCUGUACUAGUUGCUAGUGAGGCCAGUGAGAUAUCCAAUAUAGUAAUGGAGUUGACUAUGUUGAGUUACAGACUUCAGUAUGGAUAUGUAAACCACUCUCCCUCGUUAAUAUUCCUGUUGUCAUGGUUACGGACUCACGCCCACUGCAUACUGUUACACCUUGCAAUGAGAUUGGACUGGCCGAUAGAUUACAAUGCUAACUUUAUGCAGUUAAAGAAGAGUCUUGUCUCACGAUUGGACACAUUAAAGAGAUCGUCAAGUGAAAGUCACGUUACGUCGUACCCGUCACCUGUUCACACCUUGUUUGAUAAAGACAUAGUUACCAUGGGAACGGACCAAUUAUCGUGCCUACUACAGAAUAUCAUGGCAUCUCCUGUAAGUCAUACAUGUACAUGUACAUGUACAUUAAAUGUACAAGAUUAUGUUGUAUUAUAGGGAGAGUGUAUACAU